AUGGCCCCGUACAACAGCCACUACGGCACUCGUUACGAUCCUGUCGGCAGUCAAUACAAUCAGCAACAUCACCAGAAUUAUUACACCCCAAACUCUCAGCAGCAACCCGCGACGCAGCAGCGACAGACGACCCAAACUCCUCAGCAGCCACAGGCUUCUGCUCCUCCUGGAUACCAACCAUCCUACACUGCAGGCUACUCGAAUCAGCCGUACUACAACUAUCAAUCGACAGAGAGCCGUGCUGCCGAAACUUUGAGCCAUUUGAGCGCCCAGGAACACACUUCUACCUCCACCCGCCAGUACGAAACAAACUCUCGCUCAGACUCCUCAUGGAACACGUCCGAUCGACGAGCCGCCAAUCCCUCCCCACUCUAUCAGCAGGAACAACGACAAGCUAGCAACACGGCCAACUACAGCCCCGCGCAAUCUUACUCCCAGCCCACAUCUAACACCGGUACAUAUUCAUACUCUUCAUACACUCAGUCAGAACAGCCAAGAGCUCAGACGACCACAUCCAACCAACCGACAUCCUACGACUACUCCGCCUCCAACUUCCGCCCAGCCAGUCCCUACUCAGCGCGCCAACAGCAACAGCAGCAAAGUGGUCAUCGCUCGAGCAUUUCCUCUGUCGCCUCGACCAACCCUCGCGACCAUCACUUGAAGACAACCGCUUCACAUACGUCCGCUAACGUUGGCCAACCCCGUGCCCCAAGUGUCACUCCGAGUUCAGUUCACCAACGAGCUAGCUCUUCAUACGCUCGUCAAUCCAACCCUCCGGAUCAAGGCUACGGUUCUGGACCCAUCACUGUAGAUCCUGUUCAGGUCUACGAUCCUUGGCCGGAGCAACAGCGCAAACUUGCAGAAGCACGCAAGAAGGCUGAAGCUGAAGAGAAGCGCAGAGCUGAGGAAGAAGCAAGAAUCAAGGCAGAAGAAGAAGAAGCUAAACGCAAGGCCGAAGAGGAAGUAAAGCGAAAAGCCGAAGAAGAAGCAAGGAAAAAGGCAGAAGAAGAGGCUCGCAAGAAGGCAGAGGAGGAAGCAAAACGAAAAGCCGAAGAGGAGGCCAAACGAAAAGCAGAGGAAGAAGCGAAGCGCAAGAUUGAAGAGGAACGCAGAGCCGAGGAGAAGCGCAAGGAAGAGGCCAAGAGACAAGAGAGCUUGCGCCUCUCUCGAGAGCUUGCCAACCAGGAAGAAGCCAAGCGAAGGCAAUACCAACAGACCAUGGCUCAGCAGCGUCCACCAAAUGGCCCUCCUGCGGUAACGACAGUCCAGGACACUGGACGUAUGAUGAUGGCUGCUGCUAUGGCCGCCGGAAACUCUGGCGGCGGUAAUGGCGGUGACCUUGAAACCGAGAUGGCUGCAAUCUUCAGGAAAAUGCGCGAUCUCAAUCAGGCAGAUCCUCAGAUGUUUGCACGCAUGUGGGAGAGCGAGAGGCAGGCUCAUCUGCCCUACACGCCCANNGUUUUCACCCCAGCACGGAGUCAAGCUCCUCAAGCUCCUAUGGGCUCAGCUCCUCCUGUACAGUCAGCUGCUGCUGUUCCUCAGCCUGCUACUGCUGGACCUAGUAACACUCAGCCAAACUCUCGAAAACAAGUGAACGUGCCUCCAUCUCCUGGGGGCCCAAAUGCUAUCUGGCCUCCUGGCAAGAAGGCAACUCUGGCUGAGACCGCUACAAGGUGGCUGAAUGCGAGAAAGGAGAACGUCAACAAGCUGGUUUCGGUUGAGGCCAUUCAUGCAUUGCUUGCACCAAAUCCUUCGUACAUGACUCUGUGCGAGAGUCUCGAACGCAUGGGUUUGUACGUUGACCGCGCCCAGUUCGCUCGUGCUCUAUUGUCAGUCGUUCCCGAUUCUGCAAAAGCAAACCAGAACAAGCCGGCAUCUCCUGCUCUGCCCUCAGCACAACCCCCAGCACCUGCAGCUGCAGCACUUUCGCCUCAGCCUCCAACUCAGUCCGCAGCUGCCCCACAACCUGUAUCAGCAUCAAAGAAGUGGCCUAACAUUGGCAAGUUCCCGGGACAACGAGGUCGGCCCAGUCGUGCUGCAGUGGCUGCUCUCCAAGAACGAUCGAACGUGGUUGAUCUUACUGGCCGCGACUCUGUACCUCCGAACGUAUCAGGUCCACCCGUCUCACAGCCAUACUUUUCUGGAUCGCAUUCUGUUGACGCCCCAACUGUAAACUACCAAUCGCAGUGGGCUCCUGUAGAUGACUCGCCAUCAUACCCAACAUCGUAUACACCACCUCAACCUCAGCAUCAACCACAACACCAACAACAGGGCUAUCAACACCAACAGCAGCAGCAGCAGCAGCAGCAGCAGCAGCAGCAGCAGCAGCAGCAGCAGCAGCAGCAGCAGCAGCAGCAGCAACGAGAGGUGAUACAGAAUCUGCAAAAGCAGCACGGCAAGUACUCCAGUCCAUACUUCCAGCAACCCGGCCAAGCGUCCAACAUGGCAAGACCGACGCCUCCUGCAGUACCAAGACCGCCACCAGCCAACAAGGGAGAAGCAGCUCGCAAGCGUAACUUUGAUGAACUGGUCGACAUGGCAGCAUUGUCUGACUCUGACGAGGACAUGCCUCCAGCAAAGCAGGCCAAUACUGGACAGUACGAUAUGAGCAUGGCUUCAGAACAAGUCAACAAUGCUCAUAGCAACGGUCACUUCAAUCCUCCUGCGCCUAACCAUCUCCAACAGUACUACUUUAAUGGCCAAUUCUGGCCUGCUUCUGUUACUGUACCCUCGAAUGCUGCUACAGCUGCACGUCCGAUGAUUGUCAGCAAACACGUGGAACUUAAGAACCAAAUUCUCGUUGAACCGGUCAGGCGCGCCAAGGUUGCGCGCAAGUCUAGAUAUGAUCCACGAACGAUCUGUAGGGAUGUUCUCCUGGCGACAGGACGUCACCCAGACAUGCGACCCCUAAAUCAACAUCUCAACGUCAUGCACAACUUCCUCAAGCUGCAUUCCAAGGACGUUGAACAGGACAAGUUUGAUCUUGACACGGUUCGUUGGGAUCUCAUUGACCCUGGUGAGCCGAUAGUUGAGCCUCAGGAAACUGCAGAGGCAGAUAGAGAGUCGACUAUCGAAGCGGAGACCACCGAGAGGGCCGCAACAGACGCUGAUGAUGAGGGCGGAAGUGAAGACGAAGGAGGAGCACCACUCACUUCUGAUGUCCCUACUGCAAUUACUGACGCAGCUUCUACAACUGAAAACACACCAGCUCCUUCAAAAUCUGCUCGUCACACGUCAACCAGUCAACUCGUUGCUGUAGAGAUCGAAACGAACAAGGGCAACCAAGGCCGUACAAGAAAACCAUUCCCCAAGGGCAAGCCUGGUCGACCCCGCAAGAGCCUGCUUGUCACUGCCAGUGAAAGUGUUGGCAACGGAAAAUCUCCGGCUAAACCCUCGACCCGCCGACAUACCGACAUCCAUCAACGCGCGACAUCGUCCAUCGCGACUGACACACCUCGUAAACAACAAACACAAAACAUGUCAGCGACACCGAUCCCAGACAAGCCGGUCGGCUAUGCAGCAUUCCGCUCUGCAGUCACCGAGUAUGAUGAGAAUGGUAACCCGAUCAAGAAANAAGGUCGCCCCGUCGGUUGGCGCAAGAGCAUCCAUAGUAAGGCGGCACUUGCAGCAGCAGGCGAGAGUGGUGACGGCGCGACUCCCAAAUCAUCAUCAGCUCAGCGAACAUCUCGAGGUCAAGCAGCGCCAAGCUAUGCGCCACCAAAGCAGCGUCGUAACAGACAACCAAAACCUGUUGUCGAAGUCAAGGAGCCCGAAGUCGAGUUCAACGUGUACAAGUGCGAGUGGGAAGAUUGCGGUGCGGAACUGCACAACAUCGACACACUUCGUAAACACGUGCUCAAACUUCACGGCAAAAAGACGGCAGAGGGCGACUACGAAUGCGCAUGGUUCGGAUGCUUCCAAGAAGACGAGGUGACUGCUUUUGAUGACAUGGCCUCAUGGAUGGAGCACAUGGAAUCGCAGCACGUCAAGCCAAUCUCGCGCACUCUGGACCGCUAUUCUGAACAGUCAGAUGCAUAUCUUUCCGACUCGCGCGGCAGGUUGGUGACGCCGAUCAUCUCAAUGGCACCACCCAAGCAGGGAACAAAGGAGUGGGAAGCACAGCAAGAAGCAGAGGCGGCAGCUAGAAGACUCACCAAUCUCACUGGAUCUCGACUGAACGAUGAGAAGCUGCUGCAGCAGAUGGAGGAAAAGAAACGAAUCGUUGGACCAGCAUUGACAAAGGCAGGAAGCGUUUUGUUUACCGAAGAGUUCAAGCGCAACUUUCUUGACGACGAAGACUUUUUUGAGUUUGUGGAUCCCAAUGAGGAUGGUCCUGCUUACCCACCUGAUGGUUAA